AUGUAUGAGGAAGUUUCCAAGGCAAUGAGGGUGCAGCAGGAUGUAGCUAUGCUCCAUACGGUGGAGUCCACAGGAGAAAGAGAGGGAGUGCCUUUAUCCUUUCCAGAUGAUACCAUGUCUGUCUUGACCUCCAACAACCUGCUGGCACGCUCACUGCUGGGCCGUACGGCUGCAGUCAAGCGUAAAGAAAGUCCCUCGUCCAGCAUCCGACGCAAGCGUGAGUUCAUCCCGCUUGAAAAGAAAGAUGAAGGCUACUGGGAUAAAAGGAAGAAGAACAACGAGGCAGCAAAGCGUUCACGAGAAAAGCGACGUGUGAACGACAUGGUUUUGGAGAGUCGCGUGCUGGCCCUCCUGGAGGAGAACGCUCGCCUCAGGGCCGAGCUGUUGGCUCUCAAGUUUCGGUUUGGUCUGGUGAAAGACCCCUCCAAUGCGUCCAUUCUUCCACUCGCCGCAGUUCCUCCACACAAUCCGAGUGUGUCCUCCCACUAUUAUCUCCUCAACUCCUCAUCCUCACACACCAACAACCAGACAGGUCAGGCCUGUGUGCGAGGCUCCCGGGAUGGCGGCAACCUGUCAGAAGACUCGGGGUUCUCCACUCCAGGCGGGUCCAGUGUUGGGAGCCCUGUCUACUUUGAAGACCGGUUAAGUGACCAUGAGAAAUCCUCACCACACAGAGCAGAGGAAAUGACCUUGGACCUCUACCACUCACCUGCUGAUGCCCACCACACCAAGGCAGACCAAGCCGAGGCUAUGAAGAACCUACCCCAUAAGCUGCGUUUCAAGACCCCCGGAAACAGUGAGGUGUGCGAUGCGCUAGGGGAUCCCAGCAGUACUCGGCGCAGCCCUGCACCUCCUACAUCAGAGGGUCUGCGAGAGACCCCUAAAGGCCAUGAACUGCUUGGGUGCGAAACAGGAGAGGGCCACUCAGGCCCGUGGCUUCCUCUGCAGGGCGAUGGAGGCAGGAGGGGCAAACAGUCUCCCCAGUAUGUCACCUCACCUUCAAACUUCAGCCUGCAGUCUCCUGCUCAAGAAGACACAGAAGUCAAAUGUCAGCACGAAAACAAUUACCUGAAGUCUCAGCUGAGCUCUUUGAGCAAAGAGGUGGCUCAGUUGAAGAAACUUUUCACAGAGCAGCUCAUGGCCAAUGUCAACUAA